UGCCCUCUCUCUAUAUUAUGUACGGGUGUCGACAUUUUUUUUUUUUCUUUCUCCAAACUGAAUCAUCAGCAGCGGUGCCGACAUGUUACGGACUCUAGGUGCAGUGUGCAAUCCUCGUUGAUGCAAAGAGGGAAUGGGUCUUAUGUUCAGCAGCAGGCAUCAUUGACGCCAAAGGCACAAAGCAAGGAAUCUCGCAUCGUUGAGCUGCUCUCCUUCUUCGAUUAUUAAACUCAUGUCGCGUGUUAUGCAUGGACUAUAUUGAAAAACAUCGCCUGCUUUCACCAUCGGUGAAAAUACGUGUUUAUUAAUUUGUAAUUUUGGGCUCGCGUUUUCUCAUACUGUGUAAAGAUCGGAUGAUGGGUUUAACACACAAUUUAUACGUCUCCAAUGUAGUGUGGUUGACGUAGUAGGGUAGUCGUUUCCAGUCAUGGCUGCCUCGUCGUUGCUCGAAAAGAUAGGGGACUUUUUGGAGUGUCAAAUAUGCCUUGAGACCUUCAAACAUCCCAAAGUAUUGCAAUGUCUUCAUACAUUCUGCCAAAAUUGUUUGGAUCAAAUGGCUCCCGAUGGAACAGUUGUUUGUCCCACAUGUCGGGCAGAGACCAUCCUACCGAGGGAGGGUGUGAUGGACCUGAAGAAUAACUUCGUAUUGGCAAAUCUAUUAGAGCUCGUCACCUCCCUCCAGAAGCCAUUGGUGGGUGAAAUAACAGCUGAUGGAAACUUCAAUACGUCUUUCAUGUGCUCCAAUUGUGACGAGAGCAGUGCACAUGCUACGUCACGCUGCCUCAACUGUUGUGAGUUUCUCUGCGUCGAGUGUGUGGCAGCCCACCGGCGAUUGAAGGCCCUACGCCACCAUGUUAUGCGAGAUAUCCAUGCCUGGCUAGCGGCAGGAGAGCAGGUAGGUCAAAGCCACGACAUUAAGAGCGAGCAGAAUGGUUGCAGUAGUAGUGGCGCCUAUACAUGUUCCGAGCACACCAAUGCUGAAGUCACUGCAUACUGCGAGGCUUGUGAUCUCCUCGUCUGUGAGACAUGCAGCCGCACCGAGCACACCCGGUCCCCACACCGACUGGCGACCAUCCACGAAGCAGCUGAGAGGCAACGAGAAGAAAUCAAGACCAUCCUGGCUGAAUGUAAGAGAAAGCUAGGUGUUUUCUCUACAGCCAUCGAAUGCACCGUCCAGAUCGCCAGGGAUCUGCAGCGUCGCACCGACCGGGCUCAGAAAGAUCUCCAGAACACUUCCCGUGAGUACAUCAGGCUGAUACAAGAAGAGCAAAGCCGGCUCAUCAACGAGCUCCACAAGAAGAAAGAGGACAAGGAGAGUGAGAUGGCCGCUCACAUCGACAGCCUUCAGCGAGCCGUCGACAUGAUCCGUAACAUGUGCUCCCUAGCAGACAACUCACUGAUUAACGGGAGUCAUGUGGAAGUUUUGCGCGCCAAAACGCAGCUGAUAAAUCGACGCCAGCAGUUGGACCGUGUGAGCAUACGUAAUAUGCCCAUUGACACCAGCUCACUCAGAUUUGUGCCCAGUUCUGAACCAAACCUCAUGGAAAAUAAAUUAGGCCACAUUGAAGACUUGAGUUGAGGUUAUAAAACUCAAAGUGUUACUAAUGUUAGUCAGGCCCGUUAC